CGCGAGCCGGGUGUCCUUGUCGAGCGGGGAGGGCGCCCGCCUCAGUCAGCGGCGAGGACAGCGGAGCGAGAGGAGGCGGCUGCCGGCAUUGCCUGUCCCAGGACGAACCUGGCCGUUGAGUCAAAAAGGUCUGAGAAAAUAAUUUUGAACAUGCUGUCCAGACUAUUUCAAAUGCACGGCCUUUUUGUGGCCUCUCACCCAUGGGAGGUCAUUGUGGGGACUGUAACUCUCACUAUUUGUAUGAUGUCAAUGAAGAUGUUUACUGGUAAUGACAAAAUCUGUGGAUGGAAUUAUGAAUGUCCCAAGUUUGAAGAAGAUGUUUUGAGCAGUGAUAUCAUAAUAUUGACAAUCACACGCUGUAUAGCAAUACUUUACAUAUACUUCCAGUUUCAGAAUUUGAGGCAGCUUGGAUCAAAAUAUAUUUUAGGUAUUGCUGGACUCUUCACAAUCUUCUCAAGUUUUGUCUUCAGUACAGUAGUGAUUCACUUCCUUGAUAAAGAACUGACAGGCUUGAAUGAAGCUCUGCCAUUCUUCUUGCUCCUGAUCGACCUCUCCAGAGCCAGUGCAUUAGCCAAAUUUGCUCUCAGUUCCAAUUCACAGGAUGAAGUGAGAGACAAUAUUUCACGUGGAAUGGCAAUCUUGGGUCCUACAUUUACACUAGAUGCCCUUGUGGAGUGUCUUGUCAUUGGCGUUGGUACAAUGUCUGGAGUGAGACAGCUUGAAAUCAUGUGUUGUUUUGGCUGCAUGUCUGUCCUUGCCAACUACUUCGUCUUCAUGACUUUCUUUCCUGCAUGUGUGUCCCUGGUAUUAGAGCUUUCACGGGAAAGUCGCGAAGGCCAUCCCAUUUGGCAGCUCAGUCACUUCGCUCGUGUUCUAGAAGAAGAAGAAAAUAAACCCAAUCCUGUAACGCAGAGGGUUAAAAUGAUCAUGUCUCUAGGAUUAGUUCUCGUUCAUGCUCAUAGUCGCUGGAUAGCAGAGCCAUCUGCACAAAAUAGCACAGCAGAAAUAUCUGUGGGACUGGAUGAUAAUACACCCAAAAGAAUUGAGCCAAAUGUGUCUCUGUGGCAGUUCUAUCUUUCCAGAAUGGCCAGUAUGGAUAUUGAGCAAGUAAUUACACUUGGCUUAGCUCUUCUCCUUGCUGUCAAAUACAUCUUCUUUGAACAGACUGAGAUGGAAUCCACAUUGUCAUUGAAGAACCCCAUAACAUCACCAUUAGUGAUUCAGAAAAAAAGUCCUGAAAACUGCUGCAGAAAACCAUCUGUGCCUUUAAAAAAUAAUCCCACCACCAAAAAUACAAAUACCCCAUCUGCCAAAACUGAAAAGGAUGAAACCAUAAAGCCUUUCCUGCCGGAGUCGCCAGCAAAGGCCACCUUUUUGCUUGGUAGUUGUGCUCCUGAAGCAACAUCUACAUUAGAUAAUAAUACAGAGCCUGAUCUCAAACUGCCAAAAGAGUCACGCUCUGUUGAAGAAUGCCUUUCGAUACUUCAGAAUGGCAAGAUGGGCGCUAAGUUCCUUACUGAUGCUGAAGUCAUUAAUUUAGUCAGUGCAAAACAUAUUCCUGCUUACAAGUUGGAGACUUUGAUGGAAACUCAGGAACGUGGUGUGUCAAUUAGGAGACAAAUUUUAUCUCAGAAACUUCCUGAACCUUCCUCCUUGCAUUAUCUUCCUUACAAGAACUACAAUUAUUCUUUGGUAAUGGGUGCCUGCUGUGAAAAUGUGAUUGGAUACAUGCCAAUCCCUGUGGGAGUGGUCGGUCCCCUUCUUCUGGAUAACAAAGAGUUUCAGGUUCCAAUGGCAACAACAGAAGGAUGCCUAGUGGCAAGCACAAAUAGAGGGUGCAGAGCAAUAUGUCUUGGUGGAGGUGCCAGGAGCCGUAUUCUGGCGGAUGGAAUGACUCGAGGCCCUGUGGUAAGGCUGCCCACAGCCUGUCAGUCUGCUGAAGUGAAAGCUUGGCUUGAGACACCAGAAGGCUUUAAAAAAAUCAAAGAUGUAUUCGAUAGCACUAGCAGGUUUGCUCGUCUCCAAAGGCUUCAUGUGGGUUUAGCAGGACGCAACCUCUAUAUUCGUUUCCAAGCUAGAACUGGUGAUGCAAUGGGAAUGAAUAUGAUUUCAAAAGGUACAGAGAAGGCACUUGCAAAACUGCAGGAAGAGUUUCCUGAUCUCCACGUUUUAGCUGUUAGUGGCAACUACUGUACAGAUAAAAAGCCAGCUGCCAUAAACUGGGUAGAAGGGAGAGGAAAAUCAGUUGUCUGUGAAGCAGUCAUUCCAGCAAAAGUUGUUAAAGAAGUAUUGAAAAGUACCACAGAAGCUAUGAUUGAAGUCAAUGUAAACAAAAAUUUGGUUGGCUCUGCAAUGGCUGGCAGCAUAGGGGGCUACAAUGCUCAUGCAGCGAACAUUGUCACUGCCAUGUACAUUGCAUGUGGACAGGAUGCAGCCCAGAAUGUCAGCAGCUCAAACUGCAUCACGCUGAUGGAAUCAGCUGGUCCUGCCAAUGAAGAUCUAUACAUCAGUUGCACAAUGCCCUCCAUAGAAAUUGGGACUGUGGGCGGAGGAACCAACCUGUUACCACAGCAGGCUUGUUUACAGAUGUUGGGGGUACAGGGAGCGAGUUCGGAGAACCCUGGAGAGAAUGCCCGCCAGCUUGCUAAAAUUGUGUGUGCGACAGUAAUGGCCGGAGAACUGUCCUUGAUGGCUGCCUUAGCUGCAGGGCAUUUAGUCAGAAGCCACAUGAUUCACAACAGGUCAAAAAUAAAUCUACAAGAUCUUCAGGGGACAUGUACCAAGAAAGCUGCGUGAAACUGACAGAAACUUGAAACAAAACAUAGCUAUGAGAAAUUGAUGUGCGAAAGGAAACAGCACAUGUGAACUUUAGAAGGAAUAUAAUUGUUCAAUACAAUGGAUUGGUGGAAAGACACACAAUGGGAUUGGUGGAUGUGUAAUCCACACUUGGCUAUUUGCAUCCUUUGCCCCUUUGGAUGCCACACAAGGAUGCUGCUCUAUGGGAAAUAUUUCAGGUGGUUUUAAUUAGGACAUGGACUCCAGUGUGUCCUGAAUCAUAUAAUCUGUACCACGAGGCUCCAUGUGGGUAAUGCAAACUAUUCAAAAGAUUAACCUUGCUCCGUUUGGCAAUGGAAAUAUUCUGGCUACUGAAAGGAAAGCAAGUACUGUAACUCAUUGGUGAAGUUUUUAAAGCAGUCGACUCCAUUAGUUGCUUGUGUUCUUUCAUUGUUUUCAGGCUAACCUGGUAUAGUUUGCAUACAAACCUGAAACAACCUGUUAUUCUUGUGGUCCAAGCCUUCAGCUCACAUCAAAGCAUCCCACAGACUCUUUUUUAAAAAAUUGGUUUAAGGUUAAAAUUUGGACAGUGGAAUAAUUCAAUUGAAUCACAGUAACAUUCAGAAUUUUCUUUCAGGGUGCUUCACUUUCCGUUGUGCUAUUUGUACAGAUUGUAAUGUUAAUUCUCCAGCUCAUUGGGGGAAAUUUGCAUUGCUGCAAGAAAGCUAUGGUCAGUAGAUACUGUAUUUCAAGAGAUAAGACCACCGAGGUGAAAUUCUCAGGUGUUUUGCUCCGAUAGACUUACGUUGCAUAGGGGACUAGAAGUUUUCUGCACCGUCCAGUGGGAAAUUCUCUGAGGCCGCUGCUGAAGAUCACUGUAGAUGUAAAACCUAAUCAUUUCAGUGGCACUUUUUCCUAGGAGAACAUCCCAGUUGACUGCAACCUUGGGAAACUCUAAAGGGUUAGGGUUUUAACAGGGAUAGUUUUGAAUAAAAGAGUCAAAAACAUGUUUACACUUUUUCUCAAUCAUCAUUGUAGGGUAUGGUGUGAGUCCCACUGCCUCCCCAUCCCACCUCACAAGAAUAGGCACAUGCCUUGAGAGGAGAGAUCUCUUAAACAUUCAUUACUGCUUUGUUACUGAUCCUUCACUCAGUUUUUUUCUUGAAUUAUAAUUUAUUAUUUGGGGGCAAGUUCCAAGUUGCUUCUCAGUUUUUUGAAGGAAUACUAACAAGUUCAUUGAAAUGAUCUUGAAAGUAAAGUGAAUGCAACAAAGGUAGCUACUUAUUUGUGAAACCUACCACAAAGCUACAUGGAGGAUCAGUCUGAAGAGGGAGAGCAGGAGCUCAGCGGUUGUCAGAGGAAGAGGCGACUCACUGUCCGAAGCUGGGCUGGGGUCCUUCAGUUUCUGCUUGGUCCUGCAUGCAAGAGGCACACUUCUUGCAAGCUCAGUACAAUUGUGGUAGUAUUUUAUGGGUUUUGUUAAUACAUAAAAUAUUUAACUGGUAUGUAUUAGGUUCAUAAAGUCAGCCCAAGUCAACUUGUUACUUGGAGGUAUGUGCUGCGGCUAUUUGUAAAUAGCAUCAUGAAUGUCCAUCCUGCUACAGUAUUGUUUGUCCAGCAGUUACCUUUUUAUUAUUUAUGCAGAGUUUGAACUUAACAGGUUUUAAUAUUUAAUGCAACACUGGGCUAGCAAUAAAUGGUUUGUACAGUGUCCAUUUUGGUGAAUGUAACUGACAUUCUAUCUUUCCAAAAACCAUUUUGUACUAUUAAAAUAUUUGGUACAUUU